CUUGUCCAUCUCCGGCGUCCUUUCUUUUCUCCUUUGGGCUAGGAUAAACACUCCCUUCCUUUCCCUCUUCUCGCUCCUCUUCGCUCCUCUUCGCUCCUCUUCGUUCCUCCUUUUGUCGAUCACUGUCCCAUCCUUGGGGUCGCUUUCUUCUCUUUCUUACUCUUCACCCUUUGCCAUUUUCAGUCAACACCUCCCCUGGUCCACACUCACCACCUAUCAUACAAGGCCAGCUCCGGUUUAGUGGCGAAACAUAAGACCCCAUCCAAUCUGCGGGACAGGAACAGCUCUCACAUUCACACACUCCACUCACACUCUCCACUCACACCACCCUCCUCCUCGGGCAAAGCAUAACAACAUGGUGCUCGCUGCACCCAUCCCCCGGCCCUUCCACAGGCUCCAUAGAGCUCUUAGGGCAGCCCUCGUCUCCACAUUUCGGCCUCUUCAGCAGUACCAGUACUCUCUCUACGAUCUUCAAUACGUCUUUCUCUUCGUCCUCUUCUCGUUCUGUUACUGGAUUAUGGACAAGCCUGUCUGGUUUAAAUUGCCCAUUGCCCUGACGACUAUCGCCCUGCUGAUCCCACGACGCACUCGCCUCUUUAUGCUGCCUUUCUUCGCCGUCGCCGCCUGGCUGAUUCUCUUUUACUGCUGCCGCUUCAUUCCCUCGGAAUGGCGACCCCAUAUCUUCACCUCGGUCCUGCCUGCGCUCGAAAACAUUCUCUAUGGAGGCAGUAUCUCUGAGAUGUUGGCUUCAACGACCACACCCACUAAGGAUAUCUUAGCCUGGCUUCCUUACGGUGUGUUGCAUUACGUCCUGCCCAUCGUCACGGCCAUCUUGAUCGUCGUAUUUGGACCUCCAGGGACUCUGCCUGUUUAUGCUAGGACCUUUGGGUACAUGAACGUGGCGGGAGUGCUUACUCAGAUCCUCUUCCCCUGUGCGCCUCCAUGGUACGAAACACGCUAUGGAGGUUUCAAGCCAGCAGCGUACACCAUGCCCGGGGAUCCCGGUGGAUUGGCGCGUGUUGAUGAUAUCCUGGGUAUCGAAAUGUACAAAACCACGUUCACUGCUUCGCCACUGGUCUUUGGCGCGUUUCCGUCGCUCCAUUCGGCGGUCUCGUGCCAACUCGCGUUCUUCUUGGUCUACGUCUUUGGUCCCAGAUCGAUCCCCUUUGCGCUGUGCUACAUCCUCUGGGUUUGGUGGGCGACCAUGUAUCUCGGUCAUCAUUAUGUUGUCGAUCUCGUUGGCGGAGGUGCAUACGCCGUCAUUGCCUUUUGGAUCGGCUCGUUCUUUUUGCCGCCGGUCCUGCCUCCUCAGGAACCUGAGCUCUUUAGCAAACCUAGGGAAUUCCAGGAUCUGGGCGACGCCAUGAACCGACAGGAGAAGCAAACCCUGUUCAACGCGCCUGAAGACGACGAGGAGGAGAUAGACAUUAGGCACAGCAGCAACGGUGGACCAAGUAAGAGCAUCGAUAAGUCUUGGAACAUGGGACAUGACGAGGUAGAAGACGCUGAACAUGGUGGACAGAUAUCAUUCAAGGACAACGGUGUGGAUAUCAUGGAGAUGAACAGCGUUGUCGUCGUGACCAUCCCAACACGCGAGGAGCUCGAGAUUGAAGUAGCGCGGACAACAUUCUCUGAGCCAUCAUCGCCGACCGGUAGUGAGCGCUCGAUCUCGUCAUCGACGACUGUAUCAUCGUGGACACGAAAGAAGAAGAGGGUCUCAGCAACAAGGUCGCGCCAGUCAUGGAUUGGUUGGCAAGGAUACGAAUCCUGGAUCGAAGUUUUGGCGACCGUGAAUUCUCCAAGAACAUCGCCAAAGACGUCCCCAAAGAGUACUCCAGCGCCGUCUCCACGCAGCUCAACGGCUAAUGUGCCGGGAGCGCCUUUUUAAAGACAGGGAUAUCCCCUUCCAACUUCUGUACAAUAUAAUCUACACUACUCCUUCUCUUCCUUCUCUUUUGUCCCCUAAUCGCUUCUAUCUAGCAUCUGCCAUCUAAUUUUAAAAUAAAUAAGAGUUUACC